AUGGCCUCCGCUCCGCUGCCCGUGCUGCGCGGGCUGCUGUGCUCGCGGCUGCCGCCGCGCCCGCCCCCGCCGCCGGCCCUGCCGAAACUCCCCAAUCCACCGCGAGAUACACGUAGUAUCUGGAGAGUCUUCCUGUUUGUGAGGAUAGGGAAGGAAGGGUCGCGCGCUGUCCUUAACACAUUGUUUAAAGUACAGCUUCGGAACCAGCGAAGUGGCCAAUUUUCCGCUAUAAAUAUCGCAACGUUCGAGUUCCCACAUGUGGCGAGACUCGUAAGUGGGUCCGCAUCGCAUACGAUACAGCGCUUCAAGCCGCGCAAAAAAGCUCGCAGUAAAACGCCCUCUCCCCACGGCCUCCGCCUUGGCCGCGCGCUGGAAGCGCCCGGCGCCGCGCCGCCCCGUGGGCAUGGAAAUGUCGGGCGGCGCGCGAGGCACGCGAGCCCUCGCCGCCAGGCCAAGCCAGGCCAGGCCGCAUCGCUCGCAGAGCGAAGUGGCGAUCGCGGGGCGAGAAAGCUGGCGACCCUGGCCCACAGCGAUCGCCCCGGUGCGGCGCAGAUCGGCGGCGCCCGCCCGCCCGCGGGAGCGAGCUAUGUGGAGCUGUGCGACCGCAACCACCCCGAGCGAGACGCUUGCUACGCCGAGAGCCUGCAGAAGUUGCUGCCCAUCCUCGCCAACGGGUCGCAAGAGCUAGGCCUGGCGGCUCUGGACCCGCACCUGCUGCCAGAGAUGCUGCUGCAGUACAAGCAGGGCCAAGUGGCCGGCAAGAUGCUCAUCCGCAACACGCGGUCCAUCGGCCUCAGCAGCGCGCAGGUGCUGGCUGUGAGGUCUAACCUGAACGACUCCAACAAGUUCCACAUGGAGGUGGACUUGUACUUCCCGCGCAUAUUCAUGGAGGGCGACUACAAGGCACAGGGCAAGAUCGUCGUCUUCCCCAUCGAGGGCAAGGGCGUCUACAACAUCAGCCUGACUGGCGUCAGCACUACAUGGAACUUGACCGGCACGCACAUCAAGAAGCGCAACCAGGGCUACGUGCGCCUCGACCAUUUCUACAUGUUUCCUGAGGUGGAGGACAUGAAGGUGUACGCGUCGAAUCUCUUCACUGGCAACGAGGACUUCAAUCGAGCGGCGCUGCAGUUCGCCAACGACUUUCUGCCCGUUAUCUACGAAGAGCUGCUGCCGUUCGCCAACGAGGCGUGGACAAGGUAUGCGCGGCAGCGCCAACAAGGUCUUCCUCAAGUUUCCCUUCGAUACGCUGUUUCCCGCCGCGUAGGCCGUCAUCGUGGUGUCCGAGCCCCCGCCAGCAGCCCACCGUCGGCGUGCGCGCUCACGAGACCGCCACGACCAACACGGACGGUGCAGUGCAAGUGACUUCCCAUUGGCCACCACUGCUUCUCAGAGACAAGUGACCGUAGUGCAUUGUUUCAGGCGUGGAGCACUGAGGCGCUGGACUCCACCGCAUUGCGAGAGAUAUGGUCCGUGUAUUGCGUACAAACAACACUUAGCUUUAAAGUGCAUUGCCAGAAAGUCAAGGACUUCAAUAUCAGACGUGUUGCUUUGGAGAUUUAAAACAUUAAAAGGCUGUUUUUCCCAAAUUAAUCUGGAGACGAUUUAUCAUCAAACCUAAAAUGAAAUAAAGAUUGAAAUAAUGUUAUUGAAAUGAAAAGAAAAACAUCUAUAUUCAUAAAUAAUUUUGAAGGAACUAUCAUUACAGACAAUUUUAAAAUGUCCAAUUAUAAGAAAGUGAUAAUGGUCAUGUCGUGUUCAAUACGACUCACAUUUUCUGUGGAAAACAACAAACUGUUUAACAGAAGACACUUUUACUCACAACAUAGAGUAUCCCAGAACAUUACUGUUUUGAGACUAAAUGUUUUGACAAGAUUUAAGUUUAUUAAUUUUUACAAAGCUAAAUCGGACGACUUCUGCAAUCAUAUCUUAUUCAUCAUGAACAUUCAUAGGUGCUAUUUAAAUGCAGUGCAUUGUUAUUUUGAUAUGCAUGUUGUGAAUAAAGAAAUGUAUACUAUCAAUAAAAACGCAGAAAAAACAUGUCAUAAAAUUGUAUCAAUUUUGC